AUUGAUCUUCCUAAUAUACCCGAAGUAUUUUUGAGAAAUUUAGAAGAAUUAGAAGAGGCACCGAUUAUACGUGUACCGAAGAGAUAUAUACGAGACAUGCAAAAUCCGUUCGAAUAUUACAACGAUGUGGAAUUCAAAAGGCGAUUUCGGUUUAAUAAAGAUAGUAUCUUGCAAGGAAUAUUGCCAAGAAUUCGUGAAUCACUUACAAAAAUUAACAAUCGUGGAUUACCAGUAUGUCCUGAAUUUCAGCUCUUGAUAUGUCUACGAUUCUAUGCGACAGCAAGCUAUCAGCUCGUCGCAGCAGAUCUCUUAUCUCUUUCUCAGCCAACUAUAUCUCGGGUUGUAUCAAAAGUAUCCGUAUUACUUGCAGCUGAAAUGUUUGAUGUAAUCAAGAUGCCACAAACUGAACAAAAUAAAAUUGAAAAUCGACAGCUAUUUCGAUUAAUAGGAGCUACUGGAAAUAUAAACGGACUCUCGGGGAUUGAUGGAGCUAUCGAUUGUACACAUAUCCGUUUGACUAAUACAAGAUUUCAUGAAGUUGCAGAAAUUUAUAGAAAUCGUAAAGGAUAUUUCUCGUUGAAUGUACAAGCAGUUGUUGGACCACGCAUGGAAUUUCUGGACAUCGUGCCACAAUGGCCCGGAAGUCAGCACGAUAGUAGAAUUUUUCAAAAUUCAAGACUGUAUGUGCGGUAUAAUGAACAUCAAUUGACUGGUUCACUCGUAGGAGAUUCAGGAUAUCCAUGCUUACCAUUUCUACUUACACCAAUUGCAAAUCCAUUAACCAAUGCAGAACAAACAUAUAAUAUCGUUCAGAGUAAAACUCGAAGAAUAGUUGAAAGAACAUUUGGUGUGUGGAAACGUCGAUUUCCUUGUUUAUCAAGAGGAUUAACAAAUAGGCUAAUAUGCUGUACUUCAAUUAUAAUAGCAUGUGCUGUUUUGCACAAUUUAUCGCUUAUCUAUGAUAAC